AUGCCGAUCGGUGAUCUCCUAGCCCAGAUAUCGGGGGGCCCAAGCCCAACGAUGCCGACCGCCACUCUCCCACCAAAGCGAAAAGCAAACGAUGAGUUGAGAAAGCCGGUUGAUAAGCUACAAAGACCAAAUACUGCUUCUACAUCGAGGCCAUUCACUCAAGCGCAACGUCCUACGACUAUUGAUCUAAAUGCGAGCAGAAUAAAGAUCGACACAAACCCACGAAGACCAACGCCGAAGUCGGCCAACACCACAUUCAAAAAUGGACAUCCAACCCCACCACCAUCUUCCACCGAAUCGGCAAAACCACCCAAGAAAGGAUCGUAUGCGGAGAUUUUGGCGCGAGGAAAAGCUGCCCAGGCUUCUUUAGGACAGGUGGGAAAGAUACAGCACAAAAGAAUUGAGAAGGCGCCACCCAAGCGAGAGCUGGAUAAAUCAAGGACACAGAAAGGAAAGACCAUUCAAAAGGGACUUGAACCGAGCUCCAAAUUUCAAAACUCCAGCCAGAAUCUAAGUCGGAAUGGACAGAGCGGUACGAAGUCUCUUGGUGCCAAGGCUCCACCGCCAGUCGUUGAAAAGAAGGUCAAAAAGGCUGCUACAGCGACAACGGGAUACACUGGAACUGCUCGCCCAAGACCAGGUGGUGGAGCAACUACUACGAAGCCUCCUGCACCUUCGUAUUCCGCUCGAAAUGGAGGUAAUGACCGAUAUAAAAAUAAUCGAAAGGAUCUCGAUCGCUACUACGCCACUGAUGAGGAUGAGGACGACAUGGAGGAAGAAGUUGAGGGGGAUGGUUAUGCGUCUGAUGUAUCUUCUGAUAUGGAAGCAGCAGCAUAUGAAGUUGACGACGAAGAAGAGAUGGCUGCUCGUAUCGCAAGGAAAGAAGAUGCUGCGGCUCUUAUCGAGGAGAACAAACUCAAGAAGGAGAAAGCUGAAAAACGAGCACGGCUUGCAGCUAUGGCCAAGUCCAGAAGAUGA